AUGGCUACUUACACGGUGAGACCAACCAAGGAGACACCGGGAGGCUACGGGUGUUUAUCAGACAGUGAUCAAGUUAGAGCCAUCACUCACGCACCCACCAUCUACUUUUACCCACCUGUAAAUGUGUCCCUUGAAUCGGCCACCGAGAUUCUGAGGCACUCUCUGAGUGAGUCGUUGGUGAUUUUCUAUCCACUAGCGGGACGGUUGCACUGGAUUGGUGGAGGCCACCUUGUGCUCGAGUGCAACGCCUUGGGGGCUCUACUCAUUGCAGUCGAGUCCGAAGCCAAAAUCGAUGACUUUGGAGACUUCCGACCAACCCAAGAGAUCCGAGCUCUCAUCCCUUCAGUGGAUUACAAGAAGCCAAUCUAUGAACUACCAUUGCUUUUGGUGCAAGUCACCAAGUUUAGCUGUGGUGGCAUGAGUCUGGGCUUGGGAAUAGCGCAUACCAUCGCAGAUGGCCUUGGUGCAUUACACUUCAUCUCGGAGUGGACUAAAAUCGCCCGUGGCGAGCAACCCAACAGCCCACCAUUUCUGGAUCGAUCAGUUUUACUAGCCCUGGAGCAUUUGAGUGCACCAGUGUUUGAUCAUCCAGAGUAUAGUACUCAAGCCCUCUUGAUUGGGAAGCAGGAUAACAUGGAAGAGCGAAAGAGAGAAACCGCUACACUCAUGUAUGAGGCUGUUGCUGGACACAUCUGGAGGAGUGCGUGCAAGGUACGUCAGCAUGAAAGCCAGCAGCCAACAACAUUAUCUAUCAUCGUUGAUGCUCGCAAUCGCAUGGAGCCAUCAUUGCCACCCAGAUAUUUCGGAAAUGCUACUUUUCGGGAGGAUGUAACUCAGUUCAGGAAUUUCCACACCGUUGGAUGCGCCAAAGGAGCAUUCUAUGGGAACCCUAAUCUUGAGAUCACUAGCUGGGCCAGACUGUCCAUUUGUGGGGCGGAUUUCAGUGAGUGGUGGGUUCGACAGGAUCGUGGUGGCAGAAACGGCGAUGGUAGUGGCAAUGGCAGUGGCAGUUUGAUCCAAUGGAGCAACCGCGACCAUGACUGGCGCCACCCCGGAUGCUGCUAUCCCUGUGGUGGGAUCUCAUCACGCGAAGUAUGGGCUGGAGCCUUACGCUCGCUGGGAAAUCUUUCAGGGCUUCGAUCACAUAACGCACCAUAUGGAUGGAAACCUCUCAUUGCUGCUCCACCCAAGUCUAUACUGCCGAGGCUGCUUCACCUAGUACCGCGACAUGAGAGCCACGAUUCCCAUGGAGCCUCUCAGAAUCCCACGCCCUUACCACUCCGGCAAGUUCUGUACUAUGAAACGCCUCGCCCUCAUCCACUCAAAGACGGAGGAGUCGCUGUUCGGAGACCUGGAGCAUUGCCGGCAAGCCUUGGUCGGAGACCAAAUCGGAAGUCGUUUCUACAAUGA